GAUUGUAUUUACUACUAAAAUAAUUCGAAUUCAAACUCACAUGGUUUCUGCUCAACAAUUUGCUGUGAAACUUUAAUUAAAAAUGAAAGUAGUUAAAGGGAAUACAUCGUUACAUAAAUCUAAGUCUCUGCGCUUUAAAAGGAAUAAAAAUAAUUUCUAUGGUAAAUUAUCUUGCCUGCCGGAAAGUGGGGCCAAAGGAUCUUCAGGCAAAUCCAAAAGUAAGCAAAAAACAAUGUUGGAACGUACAAAGAACAACAAAUCAAAGGAUAAUCCUAAAAUUAAAUUCAAGUCGAAUAAAUCCCACAAUAAAGAUCUUGAAUCUCUAAAAGACAUCGAUCCCGAGUUUUACGAUUUUUUGAAGCAUAAUGAUAAAAAGCUACUGGAUUUCAACAUAUUAGACAGCGAUGAGUCUGAAGAUGAAACUGAAAUUAAUAAAAGUCAAAAUGAUGAAGAAUGUAGCGACGGGGAAAGAUCAAGUGACAAUGCGGACGAUCAACAGUGCCACAAACCAAAUGCAGAAUUGGAAGUAGCAAGUGAUGAGAGCGAUUUUGAAGACGAAAAUAUGCCAACUGAUACUGAUGGUACACAAAAAGUAACACUUAAUUUGUUACGUCAAUGGCAAACACAAUUAGAAAAGCAAAAUGUAUCGAUAGACGUUUUACGUAAAGUUAUUCAAGCAUUCAGCUCAGCAUUAGCAAGUAUUUCAUCUAACGAGGGUAAUACAGCGCCAACAGUUUUUAAAGUGGUUGGUUCAGCAACUUUCAACGGUGUUGUGCAGUUGUGUGUGUUGCAUUUACAGCCAGCAAUUCUUCGCAUAUUGGGCUUAAGCCCACAUUCUACGACACCCCUACAUAAAACAAAAAAAUGGACCAGGAUACGAGGAUGUUUGCGUUAUUACUUAACAGAUUUGAUUCGCUUAAUAGAACAAGUUUCAAGUACAAAUAUUCUGUCAGUUUUGCUGAAACAUUUACAUCAAAUGGCUGGAAUGACUGCAUCUUUCACAGCUCUUGGAAAAAUUAUACUAAAACGUCUUAUUGUAUUGUGGUCAACUGGAGACGAAACAAUCCGAGUUCUAGCGUUUCUUUGUAUAUUGAAAAUAACUCGAAGUCAACAGGUCUCGAUGUUGAAUCACGUUUUAAAGGCUAUGUACCUUUCUUAUGUGCGUAACUCGAAAUUUGUGUCUCCAAAUACACUUCCCAGCAUAAAUUUUAUGCGAAGAUCGUUAGUAGAAAUGUUUGCAUUGGAUUUAAAUGUAUCUUACCAACAUGCAUUUCUGUACAUUCGACAAUUAGCAAUCCAUUUACGCAAUGCGGUAAUAUUGAAGAAGAAAGACAGUUUUCAAGCUGUUUAUAAUUGGCAAUAUGUAAAUUCAUUGCGCUUAUGGGCUGAUCUGUUAGGAAAUACAACUAAUAAGCCUCAACUGCAUCCACUUGUAUACCCUCUAGUUACUAUAACAUUGGGUGUUAUACGUCUUAUUCCAACUGCACAAUACUUUCCAUUACGUUUCCAUUGUAUAAAAGUGUUAAUAUCGUUGGCUCGAGAGAGGCGUACAUUUAUACCGGUUCUACCUUUAAUAUUAGAAGUUCUACGCAGUAGUUCAUUUAACAGUAAACAUACGGUAGCAUCAAUGCGUCCAUUGCAAUUUACCUGUAUUUUACGUCUUAACAAAGGUCAGCUAUCGGAAAAUGGUUUCCGAGAUGAGGUGAUUGAACAAGUGAAUGGGCUUGUUCUGGAGUACUUAGCAUAUGAAUCAGCAUCAUUGGCUUUCAGCGAUUUAGUCGUACCAACGGUACUAUCGCUUAAAAGUUAUCUCAAGGAGUGUCAUAAUGCCAAUUACUCCAGAAAACUGAAACAGCUAUUAGACAAGAUCCAGGAGAACUCACGAUUUAUCGAGAAAGAAAAGAGAAAAAUUACUUUUAAUCUUAAUGACGAGACACAAGUUCAAUCUUGGGAAUUGAAAGUAUAUAACAAGGGUACUCCGUUGGCUAUUUAUUAUGAAAGUUGGGCGAAGACUCACGAAACGAAAAAACGCCGACAAGCAGCUCAAAUUGAAAGUAUCAAUGCAGAUUAUGAUGUCCCAAUAAUUAAACGUUCCAAUAAAGUUGGUGUCCCCAUUCGAAAUGAAAAUGGUGGAAUAGAGUUGUUCCCAUCGGAAUCAGAAGACGAACUCGAAACAGAAACCGGUGACAGUAAAGAUAAGGGGGUUGAUAUAAAGAAGAAAAAUAAAGUCAAAAAACAAAAAUUGGUCGAAGAAGCAAAUACUGUCGUCGACACCCCGUUGGAAAAUCCGGAGGAAAAUGAGAGCGUAGAUAUUGUAAAAGAUCUCGAUAUCGACGAAUGGUGAAAAAAUAGUUUAUCAAUAAAUUUGAAAUGUACUAUUAUCUCCAACCAAUUUAUUUAAUUAUAUUAUUGUAUAUUCUUCACAAAAAACUCCGAGCUGACAUACAUAUAUAUUUUUUUAUCACAACUUGUACAAUAAUUGAGCUAUUCAAAUGUAAUUUAGACACAAGUUUUAUAUUUAUUUGCAAUGGAUAUAUGGAAUGGGAAUUCCGAUUUUCCUCAAUAAUUCUUUUGAGUGCUUUUGACUAGUAACAAAUAAAUACACGUAGGCUCACAAACUACAAAAAAAAAAAA